AGGAAGAAUGCUACCGGAAACGACUUUUACUAACCGUGUGGCUAACGUGGUUUCUCCCUCUUUGUUACCACGUACGUUACCCUAAAAUAAAUCCGAUGUGGACUACCGGAGGCUGUAUGUACUAAACUAUUUUGGAGAGUUCCUUUUUUGCACAGAUUUGGGAUGUUUUCCCUCCAGCCUUAGCUACUGUUAGCUCAGAGUGCUAAUGUAAGUUAGCCUAAAGUUAGCUUUCUCGCUGGACAGAGAGCAAACGAGAGAGCAGGAUAUGUACAUAUUUGCGGACACAGUAACUUCCAGAUCAGCCUGAAAGUCUGAGCGGAAUAUUUUUCUUUCUUUAUCUACAUUUUUAUAACGAUUUACAUACAGCGUGGUGCCCUACACUGUCGGAUAGAUUAGCUUCGUUGGCUAGCUUGAAAUAGACGAUCUCAGAAUUAACAACAACAACAACAACAGCAGCUCUUAUCACAGAGUCUGGAGGAAAAGUUAAUGUUCUUAACUAAGUAGAAAUGGCUAAAGUUCAAUUGCUGAAAGAUUUUGUCACCCAGAGACUGACUUUAGCUGCUGAAGAGAUAUUUGAGCUGUUUGAAAAGACGAUAUCAGAGUACGAGGAGGAAAUCUGUCGCUCGAAAGGGAAUCAACAGAAACUUCAGGAAACUUCCUACAAGCCGGAAAUCCGCUUGGAAAUUGCAGACGUCGAGCAGCUGUUGGUGUGUGAAGAAGAAGCGCCCUCUGAGCAGCAGGAGUGCAGCCCCAGCCUAGGCCAUGAGGACCAAUCAGAGUCCUCUAUCAUUAAAAAGGAAGAGGAGGAACUCUGGAGCAGUCAGGAGGGAGCGCCGCUUCGAGAGCUGGAGGAGGCUGAUGUCACCAAGUCCAUAUUCCUUCCUGUCUCUGUGAAAAGUGAAGAAGAGAAUGAUGAUGAUGGAGAGAAACCUCAGUCCUCACAUAUUCAUCAACACCCAGCAGUAGAGGACAGAGACGAAUCCUCUGAAUCAGAUACUGAUAACAGUAACUGGAACUGGGAGAUCAGGAACUCUCAAUCAGCUAGUGAAGAAUCUGUCAGUGAAACAGAAAGUAUCACUGGAAACACAUCACCCAGCUCCUCUGAAGGCGCUACAAGCACCACAAAACACAAAAGAAGCAAAACAGGACAAAAACCGCUGGAUUGUAAACUUUGUCAUAAGACAUAUAAAUGGAAAGAAGAACUUGAGAGGCGAAAGACAACACACACAGUAGAGAAACCUUUUAGGUGCUCCAUCUGCGGCACGCGGUUUACACGGAAAGCGUCUUUGACCUCGCACGCGAGUGUUCAUACAGGAGAAAAACCUUUCAACUGUUCCGUUUGUAAAACAAGUUUCAGCCGCAGACACAAUCUGGUUUUACACAUGAGGGUUCACACUGGAGAGAAACCAUUCAGUUGUUCAACAUGUGGUAAAAGAUUUCCUUCAAAGCGAAAUGUGAGACUACACUCGACCGUCCACUCAGGCGAGAAACAAUUUAGUUGUUCAGUUUGUGCUCAAAAAUUUGCCCUUCAUGGAACUCUCAAACGACACAUGACAGUCCACACGGGGGAGAAACCAUAUAGUUGUUCAAUAUGUGGUCUAAAGUUUGCCCUCCACGGAACGCUCAAACGACAUAUGAUUGUCCACAAGGGGGAGAAACCCUUUAGUUGUUCGAUAUGUGGCAACAAAUUUACACAACGUGGAACUCUGAAACGACACAUGACCACGCACCUGGAUGAGAAACCCUUCAGCUGCAACGUCUGUGGCAAAACAUUUACACAAAACGGAACUCUUAAACGACACAUGGUCGUCCACAUGGACGAGAAACCAUUUGGUUGCUCCAUUUGUGGUAAAAGAUUUGCAGAGCACGUUAGUCUUAAAGUGCACUUGGCUGCCCACGCAGAGAAAAUCUCCAGUGCUCCUCACACAUAGACAAUACUCGGGACGCCAACCAGUUAUAUUUGCGGCUGCCCGCGUUUAUUAGCCAAACAUUUAAUCUUUUUCUUUUUUACUGAAUUGAAUUGCCCUUCCACGAGAGAGAGAAAGAGGGACAUCUGGUAGGUCUCUCCUAUAUAAGCGCCGAUCGAGGUGUGACUUCUCAUGUUAAAAUUGAAGCUAAUUAUCUUGUCAUUUUAGGUUUUUUUCUGCCGCAGCUAGCAGUGGAUUAUCAUUGCAAUAGCAGCUGUCAAUACUACAUCGACAAUACGCAUCCAUAAACACGGUUCACCUGUUGUGAUAACAGAAUGUGGAGUGACACAUUUCAAAGAUGAGUAAGGUGAAUUGAGCGUCCUCAUAAAAACGUGCUGCUGAUAAAAGUUGUCAAAAGAGCACAAAUGCAUAAAAUGAACAGACUGUGUGUGACAGAGGAGAGGUGCAGUUGUGUGAAGAUAAGAGAAUGAAAGGGAAAUAAAGAUGGCUAGAUUUCAGUUGAUGGUGACACAGUAUAUUAAUAUAGACAAAAUCCUAAUAUUAAGAUACAAUUUAACUUGAUAAAAUAGGGUAUGAUACCUAGAUACAGCAUUCUUCAGUGGGAAACACUGAUCUCUGACUAAAGCUUCCCUCGUGCUCAGUGUGUCAAGUUAUGUUUGUGAGGACCCAGGGAUGGGAAUUUGGAUGAAAUCAUGUACACGUGGAAUUAACCUUUUCUGACAACAAAAAACAGGAAUCUUUUCUCAGAAAAUGUUUUAUUUUUUUUAUUUUUAAUGUUGGCAGGGGGGAUAGCCUUGCCUGGUUUCUUACAGGCGUUAAAAAUAUCUAUAUAGAAAUAAUGAGUCUUCUCACUGAUCUCUCCCCUUGUUGUUUAUAUGAAAGCCGUUAUUGAAAAAUAAAUUGUAGAGUUUCCCUGAAGUAUGCAUGCUAAAUGUUGUGGACUGCAUGUGAGGUUUUUCUUUUUUUUUUUGUCACCUACUGUGGAAGACGUGCUCUGCUUAUUAGGUUUCAGUAAUUAAAACUGAUGCACUAA